GUGUUACUUGCAGGUGAAAGCCCAGCCUCUGCGGUUCUUAAUGCCUCAGCAGGAUUAUUUUCACUAAAGAUGGAAACACUGGAGUCUGAAUUGACCUGUCCAAUCUGCCUCGAGUUGUUUGAAGACCCCCUUCUGCUCCCUUGUGCUCAUAGCCUGUGUUUCAGCUGUGCCCAUCGCAUCUUGGUCUCAAGCUGCAGCUCUGGUGAAUCCAUUGAACCCAUUACUGCUUUUCAGUGUCCUACAUGCAGGUAUGUUAUCUCGCUGAAUCACCGGGGCCUGGAUGGCCUCAAGAGGAAUGUGACCCUGCAGAACAUUAUUGAUCGAUUUCAAAAGGCUUCAGUCAGUGGGCCCAAUUCUCCAAUUGAGAGCCGUCGGGAGAGGACUUACAGGCCAAGCUCCGCCAUGUCUAGUGAGCGAAUUGCUUGCCAAUUCUGUGAGCAGGACCCUCCAAGAGAUGCUGUGAAGACAUGUAUCACCUGUGAGGUCUCCUACUGUGACCGUUGCCUCCGGGCCACACAUCCCAAUAAGAAACCUUUCACCAGCCAUCGCCUGGUGGAACCAGUUUCAGAUACACAUCUUCGAGGGAUUACCUGCCUGGACCAUGAGAAUGAGAAAGUGAACAUGUACUGUGUAUCUGAUGACCAAUUGAUCUGUGCCUUAUGCAAACUGGUGGGUCGUCACCGAGACCAUCAGGUCGCUUCCCUGAAUGAUCGAUUUGAGAAACUAAAGCAAACUCUGGAGAUGAACCUCACCAACCUGGUUAAACGCAACAGCGAACUAGAAAAUCAAAUGGCCAAACUAAUACAGAUCUGCCAGCAAGUUGAGGUGAAUACUGCUAUGCAUGAGGCAAAACUUAUGGAAGAAUGUGACGAGCUGGUAGAGAUCAUCCAGCAGAGGAAGCAAAUGAUUGCUGUCAAAAUCAAAGAGACAAAGGUUAUGAAACUGAGAAAAUUGGCACAGCAGGUUGCUAAUUGCCGCCAGUGUCUUGAACGGUCAACAGUCCUCAUCAACCAAGCUGAGCACAUCCUGAAAGAAAAUGACCAAGCCCGGUUUCUUCAUUCUGCAAGAAAUAUCGCUGAGAGGGUCGCUAUGGCAACUGCAUCUUCUCAAGUUCUGAUUCCAGACAUCAAUUUUAAUGAUGCCUUUGAAAACUUUGCUUUAGAUUUUUCUAGAGAAAAGAAACUAUUGGAGGGGCUAGACUAUUUAACAGCCCCAAACCCACCAUCUAUCCGAGAAGAACUCUGUACUGCCUCCCAUGACACGAUUACAGUGCACUGGAUCUCGGACGAUGAGUUCAGCAUCAGCUCCUAUGAGCUUCAGUACACCAUAUUCACUGGCCAGGCUAACUUCAUCAGUAAGUCAUGGUGUAGUUGGGGCCUGUGGCCAGAGAUAAGGAAAUGUAAGGAAGCAGUAAGCUGCUCAAGAUUGGCCGGUGCGCCACGAGGCCUGUACAAUUCAGUGGAUAGCUGGAUGAUUGUGCCCAACAUUAAACAGAACCAUUACACAGUGCAUGGACUCCAGAGUGGGACACGCUACAUCUUUAUUGUGAAAGCCAUAAAUCAAGCGGGCAGCCGGAACAGUGAACCCACCAGGCUAAAAACAAACAGCCAACCCUUUAAACUAGAUCCCAAAAUGACUCACAAGAAGUUGAAGAUCUCCAAUGAUGGAUUGCAGAUGGAGAAGGAUGAAAGCUCUCUGAAGAAAAGCCAUACCCCAGAGAGAUUUAGUGGCACUGGGUGUUAUGGGGCAGCAGGAAAUAUAUUCAUUGACAGUGGCUGCCACUACUGGGAGGUAGUCAUGGGUUCUUCAACAUGGUAUGCAAUUGGUAUCGCCUACAAAUCAGCUCCAAAGAAUGAGUGGAUUGGCAAGAAUGCCUCUUCCUGGGUCUUCUCCCGAUGCAACAGUAACUUCGUGGUGAGACAUAACAACAAGGAAAUGCUUGUGGAUGUGCCCCCACAGCUGAAGCGUCUAGGUGUCCUCUUGGAUUAUGACAACAACAUGCUGUCUUUCUAUGACCCAGCUAACUCGCUCCAUCUCCACACUUUUGAUGUGACCUUCAUUCUUCCAGUUUGUCCAACAUUCACAAUCUGGAACAAAUCCCUCAUGAUCAUGUCUGGCUUGCCUGCCCCAGAUUUUAUUGAUUACCCUGAGCAGCAGGAAUGCAACUGCAGGCCUAAAGAAUCCCCCUAUGUGUCUGGGAUGAAAGCUUGCCAUUAAAUGGCAAGAGAGCAUGUAAUUUCAGCAU